UCCUCCGUUACACCAUGUGCGAGGAUGUCCGAAGACUAGACAUUCGUGCCGUGUUGUGAUGUCCGUUUUCCACGACGAAAUAGAAAUCGAAGAUUUCGAAUACGACGAAGAGGAAGAAAUCUACUAUUAUCCUUGUCCAUGCGGUGAUAGGUUCCAGAUAACCAAGGUACACUGAAGGCGAAUUGAUAUACCACUAGACACCAUUUACAACGGUGGUACUCACUUUCAGGAUGAACUGCUCGCCGGAGAAGAAGUCGCAACGUGUCCGAGCUGCUCCCUGAUCAUAAAAGUCAUAUACGAUAUCGAGAAAUUUACAGAGGAGCAAGAAUCUGUUAAUAUUAAAAAAGAGCCUGAGAGGUUGAAGUGUACAAGUUAAGGUCUAUGAAAUGGCAGGAAGGGGAAGAGGAAGAGCUGCACUUUCUUUUAACGUCGAGUCGCUCGGUAUCUCGCCAGGAGAGCAACUGCCCGGCCCUGUUCUUCAACCGCCGCCGACAUACCCACCCCUUGAGUUUCACCCGACUCCGCUUUUACCUUCAUUGGCGCACAUGCAGCGUUUGAAAUAUAAAAAUGACUAUUUGUCUUUUUACUCAAGAUUGAAGGUUGAAUGCGGUGAGAAGGAGGUAGGUGCAGCUUCAAAGCGUAAAUACACAGGUGUGUCUGCGAAGAAUCAGAAGUCGAUUCAGUUGGAUUACCAAUGGGAGAGAUUUCCAAUGGAACUCAGACCUGCACAGUAUAAGAAACGCAUGAUCCAAGCUGCUACAUCCGCCAAGCAAACGAACAUAGAAGAAAUAUUGGCUCAACUAGAAAAGGCAGAAGGUGUAGUUAAAAUCGAGAAGCCAGAACAAGAGGAAAACGAAGAGAAUUUACAAGAAGACGAAGAAUUAGAAGACUCAGACAAUGAGAUGGACGGUGGAACGGAUUACAAUCAAAACUAUUUUGAUAAUGGUGAAGGCUACCUAGACGAAGAUGACGAUGUUGAUGAUGGGCCUGUUUACUAGAGUUAAAGAAGAUGUUUUAUUUAUAAUUAAAUAAUAAAUUAUUAUUUUUAUCAAUAA